UGCUGCGGAUCGGUCGUACUUUUUUGCCGUAUUACAACAAGUACCCAAGUGUGGUGGGGAGUAGAAAAAAUCCCAGCUUCUUCGCAAGUCGAGUGACAGUGACAUCUUAGCAGCUUCGAGCAAAAAGAAAAAUGGCUUCGGGAAAGAUUCUCAUCUACGGAGGACGUGGUGCGCUCGGUGCCUCGUGCGUGCAGUUUUUCAAGAAACAUAAUUGGUGGGUUGGUUCGAUCGAUCUCACCGAGAACGAUGCGGCUGAUGCCAACAUUGUCGUAGACCGGGACGCAGAUUGGGUGGCCCAGGAAGCGGCUGUCUUGUCGAAGGUCGAAGCUGUGUUGAAGGGCUCCUCGCUGGAUGCGGUUAUUUGCGUAGCCGGCGGAUGGGCGGGCGGUAACGCAAAGAAGGAUCUGGCCAAGAAUGCCGACCUGAUGUGGAAGCAGUCGGUCUGGUCGUCGGCCAUUUCGGCCACGGUUGGAGCAAACCACCUGAAGCCGGGUGGACUACUCGUCCUGACCGGAGCGAACCCGGCACUCGAAGGCACACCCGGUAUGAUUGGGUACGGAAUGGCCAAGGCGGCCGUGCAUCAACUUACGAAGAGCUUGGCCGGCGAGAAAUCGGGCCUGCCGGAAGACUCGCUAGUCGUGUCCAUCCUCCCAGUCACACUGGACACACCGAUGAAUCGCAAGUGGAUGCCGGAUGCGGAUACAUCCACCUGGACACCGUUGGAGUUUCUGGCAGAGCUGUUCCACAAGUGGACCAAGGGCGAGGAACGUCCGGCUAACGGCAGUCUAGUGAAGCUUAUUACCAAAGAUUCGAAAACGGAGCUGGUAAUCGUUUAGACGGUGCACAGUUUCGCUGCCGAAAGUGCACCACUCGUAUCCCGUCCCGAAUCUCAUCGGUAAUUGUACGCUCUCUGUUUCAUCCUUCUUUUUAUGUUGCAUUCCGCGAUGGGUAAAUAUUGGGUGGUGGUGCGCUUUACUGAAAACAUUCCAGAAACCUUGAAUACGGCAACCGGUUGCGAAACUUCUUGAACUUCGCUGCGGCGCGGUGGCGUUCUGCAUCAUAAUUUGUUGAAAAUUGUUAGCCCACUAAGGUGAACACACACACACAUGUCCAUCGAAGUAAGAAUAAUAAUAAAAAAUACUGUUAACAAUAA